CUGUACCGGUAGCACUAGUACGGUACUGUAGGUCAGCCGCACCACGCACUUAAAUCGUCCCGUCAGCUGAGGCCGAGCCUGGUGGGUUGACGGGAGGAAAAAAAUCUAUGAUAAACCCGUGUCCUUUUUGACCCUUUCUCACAUUUCGUUCUUGGCGUUCCGCAACCUGGCAUCCGUGUUCUUUCUCGCUUCUUCCCCGGAACCGUCCCCCGGAAACAUAAAGCUCACUCCGCUGCCCUCUUGCCCUUUUCUUUGCUCUCUGUGGUCUUUUCUCUCUCCCUUCCUCUCCCCCCUUCCCCACCCCCUCCGCAUUUAAACGUGGCGUAGCAGCAGGGUCUCCUGUGCUUUGUCUUGAACUAUCACCCUCCCGUUGUGAGGAGUCCGGAAUUAACAUCUCGAGCAGAUUCUCCAGGUACGAUGAUGUCCCUCAGAUUUCGUAAUCCGAGUUAUUCUAUUCUAUUUUAUUUUAGCCUUUGGUGUCUUAGUUUACCAUUCAUUUUCUCUGGGUUCCCCUACUUUUCCUUUUCUGCCUGAGCGUUGGUUCAUUCAAAGACACCGACGGAGUAAAGCUUUGCCACUGCUAUCGAAGCUUCCUUACAGCAUCUCAUUUCCUGUCACCCAAUUUAUUUUUUCCUGCGUUUGUGGGUGGUUUCCUGGGCUGAUCGUUGUCUCCAUUAUGGAUCUUUAGUUCUCCGCGAGGGAGAACCCAUACUGUCUAUCUGUAUUCGAAAGGCUUUCUCACCCAAACGAUUUCUGGGACCCAACUUCAUGUCUGGACUGAUCAACGGCAGUGAUGGCGCCGCUCCCGCCGGGGAGAGUGCCUCCCAAAUUACCCCCGUUGCUCCAGUUGAUGAAGCUCCAGUCGAACUCUCCACCGCCGCAAAGCUCAUGCAACAGCACGCCCUAGCUGCUCAGGAAGAGACUCUCACUUCGGAGGUCAAGAACGAAGAUGCUACUGUCACUGGUGCCCUCAUCGCCAAGGCCGAGAAGAAAGCCCCGAAGCAGAAUGAGGGGCCUAAGGUCCGCAGUCUCGAUGUUUCUUCCGAUGAAGCCUUCCCUAACCUCGGCGGUGCUUCCAGCAGGCCUACCCCCGCUCGCGCUUCCUCCGGGUGGGGCGCUGGUAUGGCUCCCCCGGUGGCAAAUAGUAAUGGGCGUAAUGGGGAAUCUGCAACAACUUCUACUGGUUCUUUCACUCCGGCUGUCCAGGGGUCUAGUGGUCAGUCUACCAUUUACCUUUUGCCAUCACAGCAGAGACCUGUGAGCGAGCUGAGGAAGACUCGUAUUGAAUUAGUCAAGGAUAUCAUGAGAAGCACUGGUACCAAGAUUGAAAUGCAACAGACAUCUACGCAAACUACCGUCUUUAUUAUUUCCGGAACCGAGGCCAGCAGGCAAAGGGCUAACAGAGAGAUUCACAAGGAAAUGUCUGCUAAGGUAUGAUUCAUGAGGGAAGGCGGGCUCAAGGUUGGAGAUUCAAUGCUGAUUCAGGUUUAAGAAAACCGAAACCAUUACAAUUCCAGCCAUUGUGAGACCUUACAUUAUCGGGAAAGCCGGGACCAAAGUGCAAGAGUUGGAGAGUGUGACCGCUACCCGGAUUAGGGUUCCGCAGCUGCAGGCUUCCGAUGGGCCAGCUCCCGAGUACGACGAUGAGGACACAAUCGACAUCACAAUUGAGGGGGACGAAUACGGUGUUCCGAUUGCUGUCCACAAGAUCAAUGAAAUCGUUACAGAGAGGGUGAGUUAGCCUGUCCGUUCCAUAAGACUGCUAGCUAACAUCUUCCAGACCAUCACUGUUACCACUCGCCUGUCUGAUAUCCCUGGCGAAUUUUAUCCGUUCAUCCAAGGCCCGCAUCGAAAGUUUAUCGAAGAGUACGAGACAAAGGUUCAGAGAGUACAGGUUCCUGACUACUUUUAUUCGGCCAAGAGUCAGCCUUUCAGCCCUCCUUCCGGCCCAAUCGUCAUCACCGGAGAAAAGAGGGCGGUCCAGGAGCUUCGCGCUGAGAUUGACCUCAAGGUCGCGGAAUUCAGGGCUGCCUUUCAUUUUGUCUUGGUUCCGGUCAGCAGGGCAAAGCACCGUUUCUUCGCUUCAAACAGGGGCCAGCUGAUACACCAGGUUCUUGCCACGGCUGGGUGUACCGUUAUCCUACCCGAGGGCGCCAAGGCUGAUAGCCUUAUCGUUUAUGGGCCGAGCGAUAAGAUCCCACAAGGCUACCAGGAGGUCAUGAGGGCAUCAAAUGUCUAUCAACAAGAGGCAAUUGAUGUGUGCAAGGCCUAUCUCAGUGCUCCCGGUGGACCCAAGCCCCUGGCACGAGAUAUAACCCGUUAUCUCUAUCACACGGGAGAAUUCCAAUCACUCCAGUCCGAGUUUGAUCUCGAAAUUACAGCACCAUCUGGUGGCGAGCUACAUGACCUCAAUAAGCCGUGUGUCAUUCAUAUUAUCGGAAAGUCGGUGGAUAGUGUUAAUGGGGUGAAAGCUAGGAUCCUGGAGCUCUAUAGCAAACUAACGCCAGGCCAUAUCUUGCGAUUUGAGGUUGAACCUUUGCAUCAUAGAUUAAUUGUUGGGAAGGACGGCCGAGGCGUGAGAAGGAUUACUGAUAAAUUCUUCGGGCAUGGUCUUCUUCUCCCGGAGGACAUGGGAGAGGCGGAGAUUGUCUUGAUCUAUGAUGGGCCCUCCUGGGAUCCCGAAGAGAUUUCCAAGUCACUUGAGGAUCUUAAGGAGCAUAUUUUGUCGUUGGUUGAGGCGCAGAAAUUUGAUGUUGUGGAGAAGAUUAUUACCGUUCAAAAUAGUUUUCAUGCCAAGGUCCAGGGAGAGGGAAGCACCACUCUCAAUGCUCUGAAUCCGGCCUCCGUCCAUGUACAUUUCGGUGCGCCAAAAGCGCGGCCCGGGGGGCCCACAGCAGCUCCUUCGCCAGGCGAUGAGGACAAGAUUACCAUCCGUGGAGCCAAGGCGAAUGUUGACAAUUUGGCCGUCACGAUCCAGCGAUUUGUUGCGAGCAUCCCCAAGGAUGGAAAUAUCCCUAUCGUGUCUAUGAAAUUUGAUUACCCUACUCAUCUAUCCGCUCAGCUGAUUGGUGCAAAGGGUGCUAAUGUCAACAAACUGAGGGCUGAACUUGGGGUGGAAAUUAAUCUCAAAGAGGGCCAGGGUGAGAUUAAGGGCAUUCAGGUUGCUGUGGAGGCGGCCAGGAGGAAAAUCGAAUCGCAGAUCAAGGAGCACUUGGACAAAGCUGUCGAACGUCUCAGGAUUCCUCAAGAGUUUCACUCUACUAUCAUUGGGUCCGGGGGAAAUUCUGUUCGCAAGUUGGAGACAAGGUAUGGUGUUCGUAUUAUGUUUCCCAAGUCGGGUAGAGAUAAGGAUGCCGAUGGUGCCGACGUUCCUACCAAGCAGGAUGCGAACGAAGUCAUCGUCAAGGGUGGCAAGGAUGGUGUGAGCGAGGCCCGUGCUGAAAUCCUUGCAUUGUUGGAGUAUGAGAAGGGCAAGAGCUUCACUGCCACCAUCCCCAUUACGGGGCGGGGGCUCGAGUUCAUGUUCAAGAAUGCCUCCAAGGAGAUUAAGCAACUUAGGGAUGAUUCAAAUGUCAGACUUGAUAUCCCACUGCGCGAUGCUGUUGAGAAGGACGAGCGGGUCGUCAUCAAAAUCCGUGGAACUGAAGACGAAGUCGAGAAUGCUAAAACGAUCUUGUCCAAGAUCGUAAAAGAGGCGGAGCAGACGACACUGCGAACGAUCAUCGUCGAGAAGAAGCACCACGGCUCUCUGAUCGGCCCAGGAGGUAGGACAGUCAGAACGUGCGGGUUUGGUCGGUUGCUAAUUUUGUAUAGGUCAAACUCUCCUGGAGAUCGUUGUUGGUGCUGGUGGCCCUAACGAUAAACAGGCGCUACACCGCACGGUACGUUUCCCGGACCUGGAGUCUGACUGCAACGAGAUCAUUGUUCAAGGAAACUCCGUAGUUGUCGAUAGGAUCGCUUGCGCCAUUGAGAAGAUUGUGGAGCAGAAAAAGAGCCUGAUCACCGUGACAGUUGAGGUUGCGCCGGAAAAGCGUGGACUUCUCAUCGGGCGCGGGGGAAGCAUCCGCAAGGAGUUGGAAGCCAAGUUCAAGGUUACCAUCGAUAUCCCCCGACAGAACCCUGGCCAAACCAAUCCCAGCCCUGAUAUCAAUAUCACAGGUAUCGCCGAGGACGUUGAUAAGGCGAAGGACCAUAUUCUUGAAAUGGUCAAGGAGCUUGAAAGUGAGAUAAUCGUGAUCCCGACUCACUUGCACCACGCCGUCGCCGACGGUGGCCAGCUUGUCCGUCGUCUCCAACAAGAUUUUAAGGUUUCUGUCGACCAUAAUGGACAGCAGCGCCCCCCGAAGCCUGAAGAGCGGGGGCCCGACCCCAACGGCUCUUUGCCAUUGAUUACCGAUAACGAGGAAGAUGCCUCACAACGCUUUACUUGGAAAAUUGUGGAAUUGGAUACUCAGGAUGGUGAAGAGGGCGGCUUCCCAUGGGUUAUCAAGGGAAGGCCGGAGCAAAUUGCGAAAGCAAAGGCCGAGGUUGCAAAAGCUGUCACCUUGGCAGAACAGCAGUUUGUGGGAUACCUUGUCCUGCCAGACUCAUCUAAGUUUCGCCUUAUCAUUGGGCACGGUGGAAGCCAAGUGGAGAAGAUCCGUCGUGACACUGGUUGCCGCAUCACUGUCCCCCGUAGCCAGGAUGUCGGUGAGCCGAUUGUCAUGCAUGGGAGCAAGGAGGGUAUCGAAAGGGCCAAAGAGAUAAUCCUCGGUCUCGUCAGGAACGGAGAUUCUAACGGGCGCGGUCGUCGUCGUGGCAAUGGCAACGGCGAUGCCUAGUUUUCUCAGCAGAUUGAGUUACUAUAUUCUAAGACAUGUUAGUUUUCCGCUGUUUUCUUUCAAGGGUAGGGUCGGUUCUGAUGUGGAGGUUGGGUGGUUGGCCCGGUUGGUCCGGGGAUAUUAUUAAUGAAGAAGAAAAGAAAAUAUAAAAGCAGCAAAAAAUAGACAGUUCUCAUGUAUGGAGCGGGUGCCUUUUCAUUAUAUUAUUCGGAGACCAUUGGUUACCUUGUGUCCAUGCUCCUCUCUAACUAUUGGUCUUCGACAUGGCAGGUCUUUCUUCUUCCCUCCUCAUAUUUUCCUUCUAUUUUUCCCUCUCGAAUUUUGAUGGCAUUGGUGACGUUUUGUUUGUUAAUGUUAAUGUUUGGCGAAAAGUUAUUUGUAUGGUUUACGCGAAUAUACUACUCGAAGCAUGAGCUUACUUUGGCUCGGGGUUGAUACAAAGAUUACCCGUGCCAAGGUUGUGGCUGUGCCACAAUCCACGACUUCUCGCUGGCUCACAACUAUGGGUACUCUCCAGAGAGUGCCUGACAGCUCAAUGGUCCUUGGGUAUUGCCAUACAGGCUCUGUUUUCAUAGAAACUGUAUUGCCAUAAAAACUUUGUUGCUAAAUAUUAUUUUGCAAUUGAUCUAUUGUAUAACAGUAGUUACGUAUAUUACAAUAUAAUUAUGUAAACUUAGGGCGCGUCUGGUUGCCACCUCAAACCUUCAUUUUGACCCCGGUUAUGAAGGUUUGUCACAAAAUGCUAUUUUGCUUUUGAGUGGCAUGUCUGGUCGACACCAAAACACAAUAUUCAAAAUGCAAUAAUGAUGUCAAAAUGAAGGUUUCUGAAAUACUGGUCCGACCAGUAUUUCACAAACUCUUAUUUUGGAGUGGUGCGCAUUGGCUACAAUAAUCCACUCCCACUACCAAUAGUGGAGUAAAAAAAUUAAAAAAUAAGUAUUGAAAUACAGGUGCCAAUGUCUUUCCCACAUUAAUUAUUCUGAUUUUUUUGAGUGACCUUUUUAGAAUUGAUUUUUCAGGCGACCAGACAUACCUCUGGGAGUGUGAAAACUCCCAAUUAUAACAACUUGCGAUUAUUUCAGUUGCAGCCUGCAAAUCAGGUUUUGUGAUUAUCAAGGUUUGAAAAACUCGGGACAACCAGACGCACCCUUAAAUAUCUGUUUGUUAGUAAAUAUUCAAUCUUUCUAUUGCUGCAUCUCAAACCAACAAAAAAAGUGAAUGAAGGCAAUAUGAAUUUGCUAAAAUCAAUGUCUUGAGCAAUGAAGUUUCUAGAACAACAUCCUAGCUGAUGUUGUGCAGAGCUAGGAGGUUUCUAUACUAGUAGGAAUGUCUAAGAACUAUAAAUAAUAUACAGGAUUAGUGAGGUAGUAUCCUCACUAAGGAAUGGUGUUACAAACUGUGACUAAGUAAGGCAGAUAUUACAUAGCUAGGGAUUGUGAGAUAUAAGUAUGUGUGGAUUUCACAUGACGUACACUAGUGUGCCGUAGGUUAUUAUAUUGACUUGUUUGUAACUCACAGCUGUAAGUCACAUGUUGUUAUGAUUUUCGCACAUGACUCAAAUUAUGAGUCAUGGGUUUCACUCAGGUGACCCAAGUUGCGCAUCUGAUUUAGUUAUGGGUUGUAAUUGGUUUAUGGUAUGUUGCGCAGCAACUCAUAGGAGUCAGCUGAUGGAUUUCAUAUGACUCAUAGGUAUGAGUUACAAGGUUUGCAUGAUAUGAGGUAUGAGUCAUGCUGGGUAAAGAUUGACUAUAUAAAGGGUCACUAGACCCCUAGUAUAAGCUCUUUACAUGUUCUUCUAGUUUAUUUCCUACAUUUGUUAUUUUAAGAACAUCUUUAUACUCUUUACUCUAUAUGCAGAAGCAAGAAAACUAUCUCUAGUCCCACAAUGAAUGCUCAAAGCCCAAAUUGAGGACUUGAUAAGAUUGAGGAAUAGGUGCAAGCAGAUAGAAGUCCAAUGACUUGACUAUCCAUAUCACAUAGGCAAUGGCUUAAGAACUAUGAUCUUACCAAGUAGUAAGAAUCGUUACCUGUUGCACCCAGGAGCCAGGUAGGAUUCUUAACGUUAGAAUGUGUCUACAACAUAACACUUAACGAUCAUACUAUGGCUCUCUUCAACUGAGACAUGGAACAAGAUUUGGACCUACAAGACAAUAGUCUAGGACUAAGGGAAUUUAG